CAAGCUGUUAAGAAGUUUUUUGCGAAAUUUGUGAAUUUUUAAGUUAUGUGAUAAAUAUGUAAGCAUUUUUUUUUAAAGUGGCUCCUUUAAUAGUUAUCCGCAAAAGCGUGUACACUUUGGGAUUAUAAAAAACAUUUGAAAGUAGCAGGCGUUGCCGAAUAUUUUUUCAACAGUCAACAGAACAGUGUCAAAGAUGGCCCUUUUAAACGGUGCUAAGUUAUUUUUGCUUGGUAAACAUGAAACAGUUAAACGAGAGAUCCCGAUUCGGUCCAAUCAUAUUAAAUUCGGAUCACAUCCUUUAAAUACGGUUCGUUUAAAAAGUGAAGCUCUAGAACGUUUGCAUUGCAAAAUAUUCGUGCGUAACCAAAAGGUGUUUGUUGCGAACUAUUCGACACAAAAUCCAAUAGCAGUCGAUGGACAGUUCGUCGUGAAGAAAAAAAUUCUUCCUGAUGGAUCCAUCCUCGAUAUAUGCGGAACAAGAUUCCGCUGGCAGUUCGAUGAAUCCAAAUUGGUUACCAAAGUACAGAAGAGUGCAAAACCUUCAGAGCAAACUCCUACCAAUUCAAGGCAAACGAAAAGACGACGCACAACAAUAUUACGCAAAAAACAAACAUAUUCCAAUGAUGAAAAAACCAAUCUCAAGACGAGUGGCAUCGGAACGCGAAACUCCGAUAAAAAACUCAUUCCUGCAAAACGACAGCAAAAGUCUACAACCUACACUUUACCGAAGAGCAAUCGGCAGCUGAUGAAAAACAUCCGGAAACGUUUCACCGUGCACAGCAUCGCAAUCGAUAAUGAAAUGGAUGCAACAAUCAAUGAAGAAGUCGAAGAUACGAAAUAUGCCGUUUCGGACACUCCUGAAAAACCUUCAACAAAAUCAGCUUCUAAAUCAAACACUCCGUUUUUCACUCCAGAUUUGAACAAAGAAAAUAUGUAUAAUACUCCGAAUCGAGAUACUACCAAAACACCAUCGCUUCAGCUGGAAAAUUCGGCAAUGAUGAUUCUCUCUUACACGCCAUCAAUAUCAUCACGAUCGAAAGCCAACAUUCCUAAAACGCCAUUAUCAUCGGCAAAACCAACAAAUCGCUCUGGAUAUCUAACGCCUAAAAUUGAAAAUAUCUCCGUUUGCGAUGGAGGUUCACAGAAAUUACAAACUUACACUAAAGCUGUCAAUUCGAUGUAUCUCAUUGAUUUAACCACACCUACGUCUGGCAACAGCAGUUUUGUUUGCAGUCCUAUUAUCGAAAAAUCCACGUUGCCCGAAUCUCCGAUAAAGACUCCUCGAUGCAUUGAUUUAACCACACCGAGUCCAAAAAAACUGAGAACUUCAACAAUAGGAGCUAAAUCAGCUCAAAAAUGUCUUUUGAAAUCGGCGCUGAAAAAUGCUAGCCGUACACCCAUAAACAGCUCACGUUUCAAGAAUUCACCCGGAACUACAAACGUUGGUACACCGAAAACCGUGACCAAAUUGAGAAAAUUAGAUUCGCCUCAGAAUAUCCCUGUUCAAAGUGCUGGAAAUAAAACACCGACCAGAACCAUUGAAUCUCCUACAGCCAAAUCUAUCGUUACACCUAAUAAAUCUUCCAUUUCGAAUCCAGAAAUAAACGACAAAGUCUCAGAGCAACCUGAAACUCCGGUUAUGACAACUGAUGAAUUGUUUGAUACUUUGGUGGGCAGGAACACCAUCAGAAAAACAUAUGGUCGGACUUCAGUUUCUCCUAAAAAAAUACCUAUUCCUCUGCAUGUAUCCCCAGAGGGUAACAAUGAACUUCCGAAGACAGAUGUUGACUUAUGGGUAGAAUCAGUAGUAAAAGCAGUGACCAGUCCUGAACCAUUGGAUAUGGACACUAUCAUGAACACACCGAACCCUACCAAGCAGGUUCGGUCGUCUCAAUACUCGGACAUCACACCCAACGAUUCCAUUUCGGAAGAGACAGAUGCUGUAACAGAGGCCACAACAGCAGAUCAGAGUGAUGAUGUGAUAGAUGAUGAACUAGCUAACGUAAACGACCAACCCAUCCUUCCUAAUAUUAAUAGAAGAAGUAAUACUCCGAUAACAAGAAAGAUUGUGCGAACCUUGGGAAAUAAGCGUCAAACGAUAGGAAAUUUUUUCACUAACAUUUUUGGCAAACUAACAGUCAGCCCUGUCACCCGUGUUAGCAUUAUUGAUAAUGAAUCUUUUGACAAUACGAUUGACGUUGAAUCGGAAGACAUUGAAAGUCACAAGUAUGAAACAGGUUCCGAAGGUUCGGAUGACAUUUUUCUGGACUCAGAAAGUAGUCAUCAGCAAGAGAAUUUACAGCUUCCAACUGCUACGCCAAUAGCAGAAGCAGUAGUCACUAGUCCCAAGCUACGAGUCUCGUUGCGUGACACUAGGAAACUACUAGGAAACGCACUGACUUCAUUGAACACCUCACGACCUUUGCUUGAUAAUACAGCAGAUAUCGACGAGAGUUUACUUUUGAAUGAAACCAAUGGCAGUUGUGUCGCCGAUCCAAUAGAUGAUGAUAUAUUAGAAGAACAUUAUGAUCUAACGGAUCUAAGCAAUAAACCAGAAGUAGUAGAUGUACAACCGAUUGUUCGGAAAGAAAGCGGAACAAAGAGUACUACAAGCCGCCGAACGAUUACAGAAGAAAAGAUGGUGGAUAAUCUUGAUUCCGGAAUCAAUAGGACUAGUGUUUCAUUAGCAGAUCUUAGCAAAAGACAACUGAAAUCACAUGUAUAUGUUGAAAACAGUCCGCUUGCAAUACCUAUAGAAAGUACUCCGUCCAAAAAGAACAGUGAUAGUCCAAAAAAAAUUCGUGAAUCUUUUUCAACUCCCAGGCGAAGUGUACGGAAAUCAAAUACAUCAAACAAUGCGCAUUUGAUUAAAACAAAAGGCGAAGCAGUAUCUUUGUGUACUGAUGAUAUAAAUGAUGCGCUUGGUACAUCAGACAACUCGUUAAAAUCCUGUGAUUAUGCAGAUAUAGCGACCCCCGAUGUAACUUUGGAUAACGAAAUAAACGAAGAUAAAUCGAAUUCUAUUGGAUCUUUGCGCCAACCUGACAGCAGUAUUUCAUCAACAUUGAUGAAAAAGCAAGAGUAUCCGGAAAAAGAACCACGUACAGAAAUUUCAACUGAGAGUAUUCCCAACGAGCUAAACUUCAGCAAACUGGAGCAAAACACAACGGUUGAAGAAUCGAUGCUUUUGAACAUUUUCGAUAUAUCAAAAAAAGAACGAUACUCCCAAGGCCGAUCGCGCAGGUCUAUAUCAUUAGUACCUAGCAGUACCCCGGUAGCAUCCAAACAAACACCGAAAUCUAUCGAAAUAACAAGUUCGAACCAUGGUAAUACAACGAAAGAAAGCAUCAACGAUGAAUUGAACGUCUCUAACAGCCAUCUGAAAGAUAAAACUAAAACACCAGGCAUCACCAGUCAUAACUCAACUUCUGGUAAUGAAUCUAUUCAAGCGGAUAAUAAUAGCCAACAAAGCAUUCCCGCUGCUUCGCUUGACAUAAGUAUAAAAAUUCCGUUGAAAACACCCUCUAGAAAGAAAGGAUUACUAGCGAGAGCUGUCGUCAAUGCCGCAAAUCUCUAUCUAGAACAAUCGGCGGUCGAUAUUUCAAAUGCAUGCCAUAAAACUCCAGUUUCUUCUAAAAAACAGCAAACAGUAGAAGAAUUAACGAACGAUAGCACUUUGGAUUCCACAACUGGCAUAAAAGACCUCCUCAGUACUCCUACAGACUCGCCUAAGCGAACAAGAGGAUCAAUAUCGCGCACUUCGGGAUCGAUAAACGACCAGAAAUCUAUUAAACUAGAGUUUACUAGAGACAGCACUAUUGGUUCUACAACUGGCAUGAUGGAACUGCUAAGAACUCCUACAGACUCGCCCAAGCGAACAAGAGGCUCAAUAGCGGGCACUGUAGAAUCGAUAACUGAUCAAAAAUCGAUAGAAGAGGAAAAUUCUAGUAACAGUACUAUGAACUCUACAACUUGCAUAAAAGAGCUUCUCAACACUCCUACAGAUGUUCCUAAGCAUAUAAGAGGAUCAAUAAUGCGCACUUUAGGAUUGACAAACGAUCAGGAAUCUGUUAAUUUAGAGUUCCCUAGUAACAGCACUAUGAAUUCUACAACUGGUAUGAGAGAACUUCUGAAAACUCCUACAGACUCGUUCAAGCGAACCAGAGACUCCAUAGCGAGCACGGUAGAAUCGAUAGCUGAUGAAGAAUCGGUAGAAGAGGAAAUUUUUAGUGACAGAACUAUGAAUUCUACAACAACUACAGAUGUUCAUAAGCAUACAAGAGGAUCAAUAUCGCGCACUUUAGGAUUAACAAACGAUCAGGAAUCUGUUAAAUUAGAGUUCCCUAGUGACAGCACUAUGAAUUCUACAACUGGCUUGAGAGAACUUCUGAGAACUCCUACAGACCCGUUCAAGCGAACCAGAGACUCCAUAGCGAGCACGGUAGAAUCGAUAGCUGUUGAAGAAUCGGUAGAAGAGGAAAUUUUUAGUGACAGAACUAUGAAUUCUACAACUGGCUUAAAAGAGCUUCUCAACACUCCUACAGAUGUUUAUAAGCAUACAAGAGGAUCAAUAUCGCGCACUUUAGGAUUGACAAACGAUCAGGAAUCUGUUACAUUAGAGUUCCCUAGUGACAGAACUAUGAAUUCUACAACUGGCAUGAGAGAACUUAUGAGAACUCCUACAGACUCGUUCAAGCGAACAAGAGCAUCAAUUUUGCGCGCUUCAGGAUCGAUAAACGUUCGGGAACCGGUUAAAGUGGAAUUUUCUAGUGAUAGCUCUAUGAAUUCUACAACUGGCAUGAGAGAGCUUCUCAGAACUCCUACAGACUCGCCCAAGCGAACAAGAGGAUCAAUACCGUGUACUGUAGAAUCGAUAACUGAUCAGGAACUGGUUGAAGUAGAAUCUGCUAGUGACAGAACUAUGAAUUCUACAACUGGUAUGAGAGCGGUUCUUGAAACUCAAAGAGACUCUCCCAAGCGAUCAAUAUCGCGCACCGUAAUUCUCAUGACUGAUCAAGAAUCGAUUAGAGAAGAAUUGUCAAGUAAUAUUAUUAUAAAUUCUUCAACUGGCGGCAUUGAAAACCUUAGAAGCCCUGCAGACUCGCACAAGCAAGCAAAGGUAUUGCGCACUACAGCAUCGAUGAAUCAGGAACCGGCUGAAGAACUGUUCAGUAAUAAAACUAUGAAUUCUACAGCUGGCUUGAAACAGAGUCUUGAAACUCCUAGCAGCUCUUCCAAGCAAACAAGAGGAUCAAUAUCGCGCAGUAUGAAACUGACUAAUCAUCAAGAACUGGUUGAAGUAAAAUUGUCUACUAAUAAUACUAUUAAUUCCACAACUGAUAUUGACCAGCUUCUUACAACACUUAAUAGCAGCUCACAUAAACGUAGAUCAAUAUCGGUGGGGCCGAUAAAAGGCAGUAAUAUUAUCUCUACAAUUGAGCGAAAAAAGCUUCCUAGAGAUUAUAUUGAAUCGCCCGAGCAAUCAGAAGGCUCAAAAAUUCGCACUUUUACGGCAGACAUACAUGAACAAAGCACAGGAGUUGUAGAAGAAUGGGGAAAAACUGGAAGUUCGAAUAUUUUCCCUGAAUUUGAUCUUCAUAAUUUGGAAUCUAAUUCAUUGAAUAUGAACAGUACUAUGAAGGACGAUAUGUCAUCCCGCAGUUUAAGGAGUCAUCGAACUGCAUUGAAUGAUUCUGACGUCAGCGUUAUCGAAACUUUAAACGUCUCUGAUAGAAGCACCAAUAUGUCAGUUGCGGAAAAUAUGAAUUCAUCAGCGAAACUUCAGUCGAUAUCGCAGGCUAGUUAUAAAAAUGUACUUCAGUCGGCAACAACACCUGUGAACAGCAUGGAGACCGCCUUGGAAGAUUCUAAGAUUCCUUGUGACAAGGCGCCUGAAAAUAAAUCCUUUGUUACGCCGAUUGAAGAUGCAAUAGGAAUAAAGCAAGACAACGUUGGUCGGAUAUCUGGAGGAAUCGAAUGCAGCCCAAGAAAUCUAAGCUCCAUAAGAACAAGAACAUCCGUUGAUUGUAAAUCUCCCGUGAUGGUUACAGGUGAUCAGGAUGAUCAGGAACCGAUAACUGAGCAGUUAUCGAACACGCAAAUUAGCAGCACUAGCACAACAGAGAAAAAUAAUUCUGAACUUCAGGACUUAUCAAGCAUAAAAAUUCAAGAAAUGAUGAAUGAGCCUACCAAAAACACGAGCACUCGAAGCCAUGUUAUUGAUUCAUCAACUGUUAGUGAAUCUUUUGACACAAGUGAAAAAGAAGCUGUUAUUUUAUCUUCAAGGUUAAGCGGAGCUGAAGGAUUAUAUUUACAACAAACCAAUGAAACAGUUCUAAGUCCUGAUAAUACUUCGAAAUCGAAUCGAGAAUCAAUUGAAAAGCAGAUUCUUCCACAGAAUGGGCCUAUAAAAUCUGGAAAUAAAACAGUAUCGGAUUUCAGAAAAACAAGACUAUUUCAAACACCUGACCAGAAGCUUUCGAGGUCUAUUUUUACUCGUAGAUCGGCUCUGACAACGCCUGUUACCCCCAUUUCUCAGAUGGUGAAUGAAACAAUUGGCACGUCGCAUCUUUUUAAAACACCUGCUGGUUAUAUGACUAAAUCUAAUGUUACGCCCGAUACAACGGCCUCUGAAUCAUUCGUAAUAUUGGAAAACUGUCAAACCAAAACGCCAAAAAAUCAAACUCCAGAUACCAAAACGCCUAAACGUAUUACACGUCUAAGUCGAUCAGUGGCCAACAUUUCAUGUAUUAUCAACACUUCUGUGCAGGCUUCUCCACAUAAAUCUAUGGUUUCAACAACCCCUUCUAGAGAUGAAGAGUCUAUCAUUGAAUGUUAUGCAACUUUGAAGAAUUCUCCGACGGUUCAAAACACCAAAAACUCAAGAUCAAUAAUUUCAGAAACAUCGGCAAACGAAUCACUGGACCUAAACCAUCUUACGGAAACGCCAGUUCCAAAACUUAACGCUACAGCUUCAUUUGAAUCUACCAUAAACGAUUCUGUUUCGCAAAGUUCAAUGAAAGUUGUAGAAACACAAAUGGUCCAGAAUUUGACUGGCGAUAUAUGCUUAGCAUUUGGAACAAAUGAUGUCAGUGUGGGAUGCAUUUCGGAGACUAGCGUUUCACAUCCAGCUGUGCAGCCCACAGAUCGAUCAGUUGAAACAAAAAUUAAACUUUUUGAAAAUUCUGGUAAACAAUCGAGUCUUUUGGAUGUAUCCACCACCGUGCUAGAGGACAAAAUACUUUCAAUUUCUUCUUAUGCAAACACAUGUGUCACAGAAACUCUCGAUACAGAGCCACGCCUGACGACUCCAGCUAAGCUAAUAGAAACCACGACUUCAGAGUCGCCCGAGAUAACAAUUGGAACUAUUUUUGACACUCCAGCACGGCGAUCUACUUGGUGUUUAACAGAUAAUAAGCCCAAAAAUUCAACAAAAUCACCAAUUUCACAAGAAGAUACACACAAUGCCAGUCUAACAAAUCGUUCUCAAACAUCGGCUCAAGACAAUCACUUAUCACAUUUGGAUACUGCUUCACCCUCGAUACAAAUUGAUCCUCCAACUGGAAAUUCAGUUGAUGGUGGUGCGAUGAAUAUGAAUGAAUCGAUCAAUACAUUUGAUUCACAAGAGCAAAUUAAGUCGCUAAAUGCGGCAAUGCCAGACAACUCUAGCAACGUGGUUGAAAAACAAUUAGUGGAAAUGGCAAAUUCAGAAAAAAAUGUUACACCGGAAGUGGAUAGGAACUUGAAGACUUCAAGGCGUCAAUCCCGUUCUGUUGUGGAAGCGUUGUCCGUAAUCGAUGACUCCAUAAGUAUAAAUAUUUCAGGUGAAUUGUGCAAAACGAAUAAGCCUGUAAACGUUGAAUAUCAAACUUGUCAAAGUACACCUGAAUUUAUCACAAAAUCUAGCUUAAAGAAGCUGGAUGUUAGUUUAACUGGACUAUUUGAUACGCCUGUUAUGCAAAAACCUAGAUCACCUUUUAUGGAUUCGCACUUAAAAUGCAUUGAUAAUGUUUACGAUUCUUGUGAAGAAAAACGAGAAUCGCUGAAAUCUUCUAAACCUGGUACACCUGAUAUGAGUAUACCAAAUCUUUUCAAAACUCCUGUGCAAAAUGGCAGAUCAACAAGAAAAAAUAAAAAUAAUGAAGAUUGUAGCAAUCAAAAUUUAGAUGCACUCGAGUCUUUUGAACACGAAUCUGACGUUAAUAUUGCCAAUCUAUUUAAAACACCUGCGCGUGGUACAAGAUCUACAAUACAAAAUCAAAACACUGGAGAAUCUGGUAAUCGAAAAAUAAUGACGCUUGACUCCUCGAAACAUGAAACUUCGGAUAUUAGUGUAGCUCACUUGUUCAAAACACCAAUAAGAAGUAUCAAAGCUUCAAGUCAAAGAUCAAAUAUUGAAAAUUCUUACCAACAAGACUUAAAAGUGCUUGAAUCCUCAAAACAUGUUUCACCUGGUGACAGGUCUUCGCUCGAAUCGUCUAAGUAUGACUUCCCUAACAAAGUUAAAAAUCGGAUUGAAACACCUGCACAAAAUGACGAAACUACAAAACCAAAUCAAUAUAUUGAAGCCACCAUAAAGCAUGGAACACCUGUAAUAAAUGUCGCCAAUCUUUUCAAAACACCCUCACGAAGUAUCAGAGCUACAAGAAGAAGUCAAAAUGUUGAAUAUGACACCCCGGAUAUUGAUGUUGCGAAUUUGUUUAAAACUCCCGCGCAAAGUUUCACAGCUACUGAAAAUCAAAAUAUUAAUGAAUCUUGCCAUCAACCUGAAUCCGCGAACCCUGAAACUCCUGAUGUUAAUAUCAAAAAUCUAUUCCAAACUCCAACGCUGCAAAACACAACUAAAAGAACAAAUACUAUUCUUAAAAAUGAUCACGAUAAAAAGAUGGUGGCGCUCGAAUCCUCAAAGCUUGGUACACCAGAUAUCAAUAUCAAAAAUCUUUUUAAAACACCUGCGCGAAGUGGCAGAACUACAAGACAAAAUAAAAAUAUUUCAUCUGUGUCGAAUCAAACCGAAGAUCUUAAAAAUCAAUCAACGCCAGACAUAAAUUGCGCAGAACUGUUCAAAACGCCGUUGGUUGCAGAUGCAGGAAGCAGAGAACCAAGCGCUAUAAGGCGGACAAACGUUCAGCCUACGACACCAAAUGUUGAUAUUGCCGGCUUAUUCAACACCCCCGUUGGAAAUAAAAAUACAGUGCCUACAACUCUUUCCGAUGUGAGAAUUUCAGAAUUACUUCAAACGCCGUCUGCUGCUAAAUCACCCAAGCUGACCGUAAAUAUUGAGGAGAUAAGAGAACCUAUUUCAAAUGAAAUAAGCUCCGAAUCACAUCCGAGUGAUUCUAUGUGUCAAAGUUUAUUGAAGCAUAUUACUGAAAGGGUCACUAGCCUUGAGCACGAAAUUCAAAUAAUCGAAGAUGAUCCUUUGGAGUACAACACGUCAAAUAGUUUAACUUUGAAGUCAACACCAUUGCAAGCUGAAAUUGUUCAACCGGUUAUGUCUACUCCAGUUAUGAAGCGAAGACUUUACACUCGAAACGAUCCGGAUGAUAAAACACCGGACCAUGUAAAAUCAGUAGAAGUCAAACCAGUAAGCAGUACUGAAUAUCUGUUCAUUAUGGACCCAAAAGCACAAGCUAAUACUGAAAAACAAAAAGUUAAAAUGGCUCCCUCACAACAAGCGUCCGUCACAAAGCGGGAAAUGCCUUCUCGGGCAUCUCGUAGGAAUAUAAAAACACUGUCCGAAGAGGAACUCGCCGGAGCAUCGCCUGAACCGAAGUACGUUAAAGCUAAGUCUAGCCAAAAAAUAACGACGGUUCCACAUGCUGUGGAAUCUGUCUGCUCAACCAGUGCAUCCACAAUCACCUCCGAAGUGUUAGAUAACGAUGUACUCUUGCCUCAAACUAGUAACCGGAGAAAAGUAGCUUUCAACGAUCAUAUUGCUGUUAAAGAAAUUUGUUCACCAGCAAUUGUGGGCGAUAUUAUCAAAAACACACGUGGACGCAAAGACAAAAAUAUCACAGUGAAUGUAAUUGUGCACCAGAACGUCGACUCCAACAUCAAGCCUGCCACAAAACAGGCAAAAGCGCUCGUGGAGCACAAAUCUUCAAAAACCCAAGUUGCCGAGUGCGUUCAGACAAAAGGAAGGGAAAUUCCUUCAGACGAAAAACUUUCAUUAUUUUCCAUCAAUACAGAGAAUUCCAAGACUGUUCAAAACACCCAGUUGGAAACGCUUAAACAAGAUAAUAAAAAUUUAGAAUUCCAUGAACCUGAAGAACAUAUUUCCAAGCAAGAGAGACCUACUAGAUCCGCUAGAAGACCUCCGGCUAUUUCAUUAAAGAGUUCAGCGAAAAAUACUAAAUCGGUUUUCACUCGAGGGCGUCGAGCGGCGUCUAAAGUAACUGAUGGUGAUGAGCAGCCCAUUGAAAUUAUUAAUGAUAUUCUUAAUGUGGCUAAUGAUGAUGAUCAAAUGGACGGCACUCACAAAAUGAUUGAAGAAAGUAGAUCAAAAACUAAUACUACCAUGGCUGGAACAGAGGAUAGCUCACAAAAUGAUUCAAUUUUAGAAUCGGUAUCUUCGAAUGUUUAUAAUCAUGAACAGCCGAAGCGUUCAAGAACCAAUGUCAAUAAAAAAAGUGAACAAAAAAACAUUGAUCCUGCGAAUGCUUUAUCUUCUGCCGAAGAACAUGAAAAUAUUCCACCAGCUAAGAAACCAAGGCGUGGUCGUCCUGCGAAGAACGCUGCUAUGAAAAAUAUUAUUUCCAAUAAUUACAAUUAUUCAAAUGAAACUAUACCAUCUGACACGCCGAAAAAUGAAAACAAAACUAUUCAUUCGGAAUCUAUUACAAAAAAAUGCACUGUUUCUGAGGAAAUUUUCCUUGAAAUUAAGAAACCUCGCAGCCGCCGAGGGAAAAACAAUAAAGAUGAUAGCAAUGAAUUUACUAAAUAUGAAAAUGCAAACAAAAUAAAACAUCAGGAUAUUGUAGAAAGUGCUACCAAAAAUGAAACCAAGCAAAACAUCGCUGUUCCUGAAACAAAUUCAACAGAAGAGAAACAAAUUCUAGAGAAAACUCAUCAAGUUGAUCGAAACGACAAAAGGGCUGAAGGCAGCGAUUCGGGAGAAGAUAAAGUCACUAGUUCAACUGUUGAGGCUACUAAAACUGCUAAACGCAAAGCGAAAAACGCCAAGGAAGAAUGUUUAACUCAAGAUAGCAUUGUGCAUGCCGCGGACUCUACCACUAAUCAGGAUUAUUUUGUAAAUCCAAAUCCAGUGAAAAACACACGUGGCCGUACUCGUAAGCAAGUGACCGUCGAAUCAGAUCAAUCAAAAGACAAGUUACAAUCUGAAUGCCAAGUAACUGAUGAAAGUUCGAUCAAAGCUGUACCCGCAGAAAAGAAACGAACUAGAAAAAAUCCAGCUAAAGUUGAGAUAAUUCCGGAAGAGUCUCUAAAUGAAUCACAUUUCAUUAAAACUCUGCUACCGAAUUCGCAUAUGUCUACUCCUCUAUCAAAGGAUAAAGUGUCUGAUGGAAAAAAUGUCCAAAUCCGUCGGGGUCGACGAAAGGCUGAAGUUCCAAAUCCACCGCUACCGGAAAACAUAACAAGUCCAGCAAAAGAUCAAAACCAAACGAAAGACAUGUUUGAUAGUACUCCCGUUUCGAAAAAAACAAGUAGAAAAAAUAAUACGGUUCACAAAAAGCAAAAUUCCGCUAGAAACUCACAACACCUUGAUGAUGUACCUGAAAUUCAAAUGGAAGAAAUUAAGAAAAAAUCUACAAGAGUUACUAAAGGUCGAAGGAAUCUACCGAAAGAAUCUGUCUCUUCGAAAGAUUUACCCUCAACUACCGAGAAAUCACCAGCUAAAUCCAACAGCUCGCCCAAAGUUUCCAAGAGAACGCGAAAAUUACCAGCCAAGCUUCAGGAAUCGGAGAGAACAUCUCCCGAAAAAGUUGAACCAACUCGCAGUCGUCGUAAUUUGAAGAAUAAUGCGAAAUUAGAAUCGGAACCUAGUGAUCUACUCUCAGAAGUUUCAGCAAAACGAAUUCACACUGUUGCUUUAUCCAGUACGGAUGACGAAAUGGUGGAAACUCAAGAACAACCAGUGAAACGUGUUAAAAAAUCGAAAAAUGUUUCCAACCCUAUCUCAGUAAUUGAAAAUCCAGGUGUUGAAAACAUGGAAGAAACGAAACCUCCUAAACGGCGAACAGUUAAGCGGGCGGUAGCCGCAGAAGAAACAACCGAUGACAACGAAAACCACACUGAAAACAAUAAAGCCCGUAAGCGACCAGUGCGAACCAGGAAGUGAUUCGGAAAGCGGCUGUAGUGUGAAGAAAUACUGUAGUAAGAAAAAGUUUUAUUUGUUCACUUUAACGAACACUAUUGGACUACAUAUUUCAGGACUAAUAUUUCUUUUUGAAUUUUGUUUGCUGUAGUUUGAAUUUGAUGUGAUUUGACAAGUAUAAGUUGCCGUAUCUUUUAGAUUAAGUUUUUUUUUAAAUAAUGGAUAAAUAUAAUUGAAACUAUGGAAUAAGCAAUUUCAGUACCGUA